AUGGGUCGCAAAUACCUAGGAGGCUCGGGGACCGCCCUGACUGUCUGGAUCUCGCUGGCUGCAUCGACUGUCCUCAUCUUCUAUGGCUAUGAUCAGGGCGUGUUUGGCAACGUCCUUGUGGGAGAGGAUUUCCUCCAGACGAUGGGUAAUCCAAGCGCAACUGUCCAGGGAACGCUCACGUCUGUUUAUAAUCUCGGCUGCUUCGGGGGCGCGCUGUCGACGUUGUAUACAGGAGAUAAGCUCGGUCGCCCACGCACCAUUAUGCUUGGGAGCUCCGUCAUCGCCAUAGGCGCAAUCAUCCAGUCGGCUUGCUAUUCAAGGGGGCAAAUGUAUGCUGGCAGGGUGAUCGCCGGGCUUGGAACAGGCAUGAACACUGCCACUGCUGGGGUCUGGCAAUCGGAGACCAGUAAGAUGCAUAGCCGUGGCAAGCUCGUCAUCAUCCAGAUGGCCAAUUGUAUCACUGGCUUUUGCUUGUCAAACUGGCUCACCCUUGGAUUCUCGUUCGCCAAAAGUUCAGUUGCCUGGCGAUUUCCUCUGGCCUUUCAAUGCUUCUUCACUUUGUUGAUAUGGUUGAUGUGCCCUUUCCUGCCGGAUUCUCCCCGUCUCUUGAUGCGCAAAGGCAAGCAUCAAGAAGCACUAGAAGUGCUCGCCGCCCUCGAAGGACAUGGAGCUACGGUCGACUCGUCGUCGGUGCGUACACAGUACAAUAUCAUCAAAGAUGUCCUGGAAAAAGAACACGCCCAGACCUACACCUGGUGGCAGCUUCUCACCGGUCGAGGACCUUCAGGAGUCGUCCGUAGGAUGAUCCUGGGCGCCUGGAUGCAGGCAUCUAAUCAGAUAUCAGGUAUCAAUGUCACGAGUUACUUUCAAACAUAUAUCUUCAUCCACGCCAUCAACCUCAAUGAACUUUUAGCUCGAAUCCUUGCGGCCGCCGGGUCCGUCGACUACCUCAUCUUCAGCUUCCUGGCGUGGUUUGUCAUUGAGCGGUACGGACGUCGUCGAGUCAUGAUGUGUUCGGCGUUCGCCUGUUCCAUGUGCUGGAUGAUCAUCAGCAUUGCCCUGGGCUUGUCUGAGAACGGUAAAGGAGACACGUACAAGCUCGGUGCCCUCGCCACGACCUUUUUCUUCGUCUUCUUUGCCUCGUUUGGAAUGGGCGUGCUCGGUGUCCCGUGGCUCUACCCUACCGAAAUCAACCAUAUCUCUUUCCGCGCCAAAGGGGCUUCGCUGGCAAUGUCGACGAACUGGAUCAUGAACUACAUGGUCGCGCAAGUCACGCCCCCGGGCAUCGCCAACCUGGGCUACAAGUUCUGGAUCAUCUGGGCCGUGCUCUGCUUCUCCUUCAUCCCCAUCACCUACUUCUUCUACCCGGAGACGGCGAACCGCACCCUCGAGGACAUUGACCGCUACUUUGCCGAGCACCGCAACAUCUUUGUCUUCCGCGACAAGGUCGCCACGCAACUGCAGAGGCCCGAGAUGUGGGCGCGCAUCGACGAGGAAGUCGCGCGCAGGGCCGAGGAGGAGAAGAUCCGCAACGGCGAGCAGGGCGAUGACGAAGGCGUGGAUGUGGAGAAGCGGGAUCAGGAGGUCGUGUAUAUCGAGAAGUAG